CUCUUUCAGAUGACUGAGAAGACAAUGAUCAUCGUUGCUGGCUUCAUCUCUUUGCUGGUAGCAGCCGAAUGGUACCCCAAAAGUUUAAAGUGCGACGUUUCUCUGGCGAGUAAUGGGACGGAAGUGAGUGUAAACUGCACCGAACGAAGCCUAACCGAAGUUCCUCUGGGAAUCCCAACAAAUACUACCAACCUGACCCUCACCAUCAACCAUAUUCCCCAUGUUAUGAACAAUUCCUUUGAUAAUCUGCACAACAUCACAGAGAUUGACCUGCGCUGCAAUUGUGUGCCAGUCAAAGUUGGUCCCAAAGAUCGCGUCUGUAGCCAAAGCGUGAAUAUUGAUAACGGCACCUUCUGGAAGCUCAAAAACCUCAAGUCACUUUACUUGGAUGGUAACCAGCUGUCCAGCAUUCCCAAGGGCCUUCCUGCCAAUAUUGUGCUUCUGAGUCUGGAGAUCAAUAGUAUUUAUUCGAUUCUACAGGAGAAUCUGACAGAACUAACUAAUAUUCGAACUCUAUAUCUCGGACAGAAUUGCUACUUCCGGAACCCAUGCAACCAAUCCUAUUACAUUGAAAAGGAUGCGUUUAUGCUGCUUGACAAGAUGACUUUGCUUUCUCUGAAGUCCAACAACUUGUCCUACAUCCCCAACCAGCUACCUUCUAGCCUGAAAGAGCUCUACCUGUACAACAACAACAUUCAGAAAAUAACCGAUAAGGAUUUUCGCAAUCUGACAGAAUUGGAGGUACUGGAUUUGAGUGGAAAUUGCCCACGUUGUUAUAAUGCACCUUUCCCAUGCAUUCCAUGCCCAAAUAAUGCUCCUCUUCAGAUACAUCCAAACUCCUUCAAGACCCUGAGGAACCUUAAGACUCUUCGGCUUCAUAGUAACUCUUUAACAAACAUUCCUCCUGAGUGGUUUCAAAGCCUGGCUGAUCUAACUCUUCUAGACCUCUCAAGCAACUUUUUGGCUAAGGAGAUCACAUGCACCAGCUUUCCGUCUUUGUUGCCCAAACUUGAGGAAUUGGAUUUAUCUUUCAAUUACGAGCUCCAGGUGUAUCCUGCUUCUCUCAGCUUGUCAGAAUCUUUCAGCCGACUUAAAUCUCUCAGAGUGCUAAGAAUCAGAGGAUACGUGUUUCAAGAACUCAAAUUGCAAGACAUCCAACCACUAACUAACUUGACAUACCUGGAGUUCAUAGAUCUUGGCACAAACUUUAUAAAAAUAGCCCAACUCAGCAUCUUAAAGAAUCUGAGAAACUUCAGAAUCAUCAAUUUGUCUGACAACAAAAUCUCAGUGCCUUCUGAAGGAGAAUUUAGUUUUUCUAACCACAGACAAACCCAUUACAACUCCCCGAUGUCACAAGGUGCACAGUACCACAAUGGAGAAGUUAAGGACAUGCACUAUUUCCUUUAUGAUGAAUUUGCACGCAGCUGCAAAUACAAGGACAAGGAACUCUGGAUUUCCAGUCCUUUUAACAAUGAAUGUAGCUCAUUUGGAAAAACGUUGGAUAUUAGCAGGAACAACAUAUUUUUCCUUCACUCCAAAUUUCUCAAUCUUGGUGAGCUGAGAUGCUUAAAUCUAUCUGGGAAUGCAAUGAGCCAGAGUUUAAAUGGUUCUGAGUUUGUCCAGUUGACGAAUUUACAAUAUCUAGACUUUACAGACAAUCGUUUGGACUUGAUGUACCCCUCUGCAUUUCAGGAACUGAGCAACUUGGUUGUUCUGGAUAUCAGUCGUAAUAGCCAUUACUUCGUAGCUGAGGGUUUAACCCACAUGCUGAACUUUACAGAGAACCUGAGUAAGCUGAAAAAGUUGAUUAUGAACGAUAAUCAGAUAUCGACAUCCACAAACACAGAAAUGAAGAGCUAUAAAUUAGAGCAUUUGGAGUUUAAAGGAAACCGCCUUGACAUGCUGUGGAGAGACGGAGACACAAGGUACGUCAACUAUUUUAAGAAUCUGAUGGCCUUAAAGACUCUAGACAUUUCUCGCAACAACCUGAACUUCAUCCCGCAGGAGGUUUUCCAAGGUCUUCCAAACACCCUCACAGAACUGAACAUCACAGACAACAAGUUAAAGUCAUUUAAUUGGGAGGGCCUUGUGUACCUUAAAAGCCUACUACGAUUAGACCUCACCGGGAAUCUCCUAACGGAGGUGCCGUCAUGCUUAUCCAACUAUACAAAAUCAAUCCAAACUCUAGUUCUGAGCAAGAACAAGAUUGUGAAGCUGUCUCCAAAUUUCCUCAAGGAUGCAUUCAGCCUCAAAAUCCUGGAUCUCAGUUACAAUUCCAUCCAGUUCAUCGAUGAAUCAAGCUUCCCAGAAAAUGUUAUAGACCAUCUGCAAACUCUUUACCUCAACAACAACAUGUUUGUGUGCUCCUGCAAUGCAACCUGGUUCGUCCGAUGGAUCAACCGCACCUCUGUAAAUAUCCCGCGACUUGCAUCAGACGUUACCUGUGCUUCCCCAAGUGCCCAAAAAGGCCAAAGUGUAAUUUUCCUCAACCUCCAAGCAUGCCAACACAACUCCCUAUCCAUCAUACUCUGUAUUUUCCAAACCACUCUGAUUUUAACCAUCCUAACCCUCACCAUCUCCAGCCAUCUCUUCCUAUGGGAUGUUUGGUACAUCUACCACUUCUGUCUAGCCAAACUCAAAGGAUACCGUCGAUUAUCGUCCAACAGUGCUGUCUAUGAUGCUUUUGUGAUCUACGAUACGACAGAUCCUGCAGUUCAAGAGUGGGUCAUGCAGGAGCUAAGGGUCCACCUAGAGGACAAGGGUGAUCCCAGGAUGAACCUUUGUUUGGAGGAGCGGGAUUGGGUUCCUGGAUGUCCACUUAUUGAGAAUCUGUCCCAAAGUAUACAGUUGAGCCAACGUACAGUUUUCAUCCUGACUGAGCGGUAUAUAAGGAGCGGGAGUUUCAGGACAGCCUUUUAUUUGGCCCACCAGAGACUCAUGGAUGAGAGGAAUGAUGUUAUCAUACUCAUUUUCUUGGAGAGAAUGCCUUGUCACUCCAGAUAUCUCAGAUUGAGGAAGAGGUUGUAUAAAAAGUCAGUUUUGGAGUGGCCAAGGAACACACAGGCGCAGAGAUACUUUUGGUUCAGCCUCAGAAGCCUUAUGGCCACUGAGAGUCAAUAUAAUACACUCUUUCAGGAGACUCUGUGA